ACCGUUGGUUUCCAUAGUAACAAAUAAAGUUUUGUCGAUUUUAGACAACUCAAUCACAUUUCACACUUGAAUAUCUUUUGUAGACAUUUUUGCGUUUAGACUUUAUCACAAUGACUGAUACUCAAUUUGGAGUACGCCAUUAUAUCGGCGCGCCUGUCGCCAUAACGAGGCUGGCUGAACAAAACAUUGUGUGUAUGCCACCCCGCAGCGCUAAAUUCACUCUAGAAGAAUGGAGGAUGAGCAACGAGCAACGCUGCAGGAACACAGAAGAUCAGCAACAGUUGGCGGACAGGAUUAUUGGCGAGUCAGAGAGGAUCCGAGAGGAAACCGCCGAGAGAGCCGCCAUCAUGAAGGCGACUACAGACAGGCGAAUCGAAGAAAGAAUCGGUGACGUCGAAUUCAUAAAAAAGGAACUCGAAAUACAAAGAAAGGAAAUAUGCUUGGAACUGGAAGCCCUGAGCAUGUACAAGACGAGGCUCCAAGACUGCUUAGCUUCCUUGCAAAUCAAUGCUUUAACAAUCUGUCGUAAAUGUCUCGUACUAAGAGAUGGUAGGAUCGGCAUAGAUUUAGUCGUAGAUGAUGUAGAACAUGCCUUGCAACAAGAAAUAACAGCUAUUCUUGGCGGACAGAGUUUACUGAAACGAACUCUGGAACAACUGAAUGAACAAAUGCGACGCUUGAGGUCCACCCGAUAUCUUCUUGACCGCGAUCUACAAUACAAACAAGGAGCAAUAGAUUCUGAUACAGGCUCUUUAUCGUUGAAGCCAACUGAUUUAUGUCUCUCAGUUUAUGAAGGAUAUGCGAAUUUAGAUCCUGCUAGCAUAUCAGCAGAAGAAUAUAAUGCGGUGUCGAAUAAAAAUAUUCAACAGGCAGCACGAGAAGUAACCAGUGCGAGACCGAUAAGAGUUUUCAUUGAUACAUUAUUAAAUCAAGUGAUCGACGAUCUCUGGACGGCUUUCAAUAAAUGUAACCACGAAUUCAAUGAGCGUAUAAAGCAAACGAAAAUCGCUAAAGAGAAGCUCGAAGAUAUGCACAGAGAGACAACUGAAAAGAUAUCAAAGAUGCAACACAACAUAUUGCAAUUGCAAAAAGCUCUAUCUGAUAAAGAAGGGAAUGUUGGGUUAGCACAUACGAGACUUGGUAGACGUGCUCAGAGGAUUAGUGCAGAGUUAGUCAGAGAUCCUCCGGGUCAGUCAUUGUUUUAUGAAUGUGAAAUGUUGAGGUACAGUGUUGGACAACUCCAGCAAAUGCUGCAAGAAGCGACUGCUUCACUUCGUUACUUAUUGCAGACGCAACUCCAAUUAGAAGAGGAUAUAAAUGUAAAGAUGAACACGUUGAAGAUUGAUGAAGUCGAUUGCAUGACCUUACGAGCCACUAUGGAUUAUCAUGCCUAUUAAUUUAUUACUAUGUUUGUUUAGAAUAGUUUACUUUAUGUAGCAGUUGGUACAAUGUUUUUUUUUGUAGGAAUUAUUUUAGUUGAGUUUUUUUAAGUUUAAUAGUGUGUAUAUUUAAA